GAGAAAAGCUCCAUUCUCAGGCACACAGGCUUGUUUUGACCAGCCACCCUCGCAGAGCAUUGGCUCGGCCAGACAGACACACCUGAUUUGAUUCAUUGCAGUGACCGCCCAGCACCGUGUCUGUACACGUUUGCUCAUCACUGUACAAGAUGGGGAAGACUCGAGUUCAUCCCCAAGCGCACAAGCGUGCGCGACAGCACCACGGCUUGGUCAUGGCUGCCACAGCGAUCGCAGUCAUCCUCGCUCUCGUGCCUGCAAGCACGGCACAGCCACCAUGCCUGACGAUCCAGGAAGCCGGGUUUGAGACGCCCGCGCUCUCUGCUGGCGAGAUCCGCGCGUUCUCGUCAAGCGUGUGGGACACGGACUCGUCCUUCAACCUCCGCCAGCCAUCCCCGAUUGCCGCGUCCCAGGGCGUCUUCGCCAUCGACGCUUCAUCGGCCGCCCUCUUCCAGGUGCUCAACGACACGUUCCAGCCAUACCGCGAGUACGAGCUCACCGUCGACACGCUCAGGUUCUCCGGUACCGUGUACGAGGACAUCAGCGGCUUCUACCUGACGCUUGGCUCCGUGGCAAACCCGUUCGCUGCCGGUGUCAACGUCGUCAGCACAGCCAGCCUCGCUGAGGACGUCGUGGAGACACACUCCGUCACCGUGCGCGUCACGGGGGACAGCGCACUUGUCGGGGACCAGAUUCGUGUGGGCGUCGCCUUGUACGGCAGCGGCAACUCGCCCCUCUUUGACAACUUUGAGCUCUGCAUCAUUGAGCAGACUUCUACUUCCACGUCCACUUCCACCUCCACGUCCACGUCCACGUCCACGUCGACCUCAACCUCCACGUCCACCAGCACCAGCACCACUACCAGUACUUCCACCUCCACCUCAACCUCCACCUCCACAUCUACCAGCAGCACCACGUCCACCUCCACGUCAACGUCCACAUCCACGACGACAUCCACAUCGACGUCGACUUCCACCUCCACCUCCACCUCCACGUCCUCCUCCACGGAAACAGAGGCGUUUAUCGACGAAGGCCUGGACAACUUUGAGUCGCCCGUGAUCGCAGACGGCGCCUUUGUUGCUCUGGACGGCAACAGCGACUGGACCACCACCUCGCAGGCCCUCUUCAUCGUCGCCGCCCCCAACACCCUGCUGCCAGACCCGUACCCUUCGGGCCAGCGCCAGGGCGUUGUGUGCCUGCACUCCGCGUCGACGGGCCGCUCGUGCUACAUGCGGCUGCCGCUCAUCAACAACAGCACCGGCGAGGCGUUCACGUUCCGCCCGCUCGUCACGUUCCGCUUCCGCGCGUAUGUGUUGCGCAACCUCGACGUGACUUACCCAAUGACCAACACCAUCACCAUCAGCCUCCAGCGCGCAGACACGCACGCGGUUGUGGCAUCCGCCACCAUCGACCCAACAGAGUUUGACGGGAACUCCACAGAAACCAUGUUGGAGGUGGAGCACGAGGUGAUGUUUUCCAGCCCCGAGAAGCACGUGGGCAUUGAACUUGAAAUGGCGUUCAACGGCACAGGACCCUCGCUUGCUGUGGACGAGGUGGACUUUGCUCGCAUCGCCUUCUGGGAGCGCGACACGACCACAUUCACCACCACCACCACCACAACAACAACAACAACGACGACGACCACGACCACCACGACGACCACCACAACGUCAACCACAACAACCACCACCACCACCACCAUGAUGACAACGACCUUCACCACGACCACAACCACAACCACAACCACAACGACCACCACAACAACAACAACUACCACAAGCACAUUUGAGGGCAUGUGCACGGGUCUUCCGGAAAGCGAUGGCUUCAUCUUGUUCGAGAACUACGGCUACGCCGUCAUCAGCAGCGUGAAGGUCGCACGGGACGAUGCAGAGGUGCUGUGCGAGGACCUCGGCGCCACGCUAGCUGCCGUUCGCUCGCCGCGCGAGAAUGCGUUUCUCGCCUGCCUCUUCAACACCUAUGCCCGCGUCUCUUCGGUCCACGUCCACAUCUUCGACCACUUCGACCUCAACGAGCUCGUCCACAUCGACUUCCACUUCCACCUCAACUUCAACGUGAGACAUCUACAGACACGUAUCGCUGAUGGAACCACAUCGACGUCAUCUUCCACGUCGACAUCCACUUCAUCUUCGACCUCCACAUCCACAUCCACCUCAACCUCGACCAGCACAAGCACCUCAACAACUAGCUCCACCAGCACAAGCACGUCCACAUCCACCUCAUCUUCCACUUCGACCUCCACAUCCACAUCAACGUCAACAUCCACCUCAACAACUACAUCCACGUCCACAUCUUCCUCAUCAUCAACAUCAACCAGCACCUCGACCUCCACCUCCACCAGCUUCACCCUCCGCUGCCCAGAGGCCAACGGCUGGUACGACCACGGCGAGCGCGAGUACCGGUAUGUGGACGUCAAACUGGCGCAGCCGGACGCGCAGGCGACGUGCGAGGCAUUUGGCGCCAACCUCACGUCCAUCAACAGCGAGGACGAGUUCGACUUCUUCCUGCGCUUGCUCGAGUUUGAGGCCGCAGAGGACAUCAAGGAGAUCUGGACCGGUGGUCACUUCCUCCCAUUCAACGGCUUUGAAUGGGUGGAUGGGUCAUCCACGGACUUUGAGCUGCCGUACGCUAUUGGUGAACCAACGCGAACGUCGCGGGAGGACUGCCUCCUCUUCAACUUCAGGGACGAGUUCAACGUGCUGCAAGAGGAGUUUGAGAGCCGCCGGUGCAACCCGCAGCGCGAAUUUGUGUGCGAGCGUGAUAAGCAGCUGCUGUGCACAUCGACGUCCACGUCGACUUCGUCGUCUACAAGCUCGUCCACGAGCACCAGCACGUCAACAUCCACAUCGUCAUCGACCUCCACCUCGACAUCCACGUCCACGUCAACUUCAACGUCAUCAAGCACAUCCUCCUCCACCUCCACCAGCACCAGCACCAGCACUUCGACCUCCACAUCGACGUCGACAUCCACCUCCUCGUCAACCUCGUCAUCCACAUCAACAUCCACAAGCACUUCCACGUCCACGUCCACGUCCACAUCCACCUCGACCUCCACCUCAACAUCAACCAGCACAAGCACAUCCUUCUCCACCAGCACCUCCACUUCCACUUCCACUUCCACAACAUCAUCAACUUCCACCUCCACGUCAACCUCCACAUCCACAUCCACGUCCACCUCCACGUCUUCCAGCCGCAUCUUUGCUGAGGACGUGUUUGGCGACCUUCCGCUUGACUUUGAGCUUGAGCACGAGGGCCUGUUCCAGGAAGGAAAGAACGACCCACGCCGCUACUCGACAGCAUAUACUGCGGCCGCCAUCAUCCGCAAGCAAACCGUCCUCGACACCAUGCAAUGCGCAGACCUCUGCUUGCAAGAGUUCUUCUGUCUCGGCAUCUACUUGUACGUGAUUCCUGGCACGAGCACCAUUCGCUGCCACGUCCUGCGGGAUCUCGGCGUGCAGGGCGGUGUUCGCACCAACGACCAGGCCCUCUCCGCCCGCCGCAUUGAGCUGCCAACGACAACCACCACGACAACCACGACCACGACCACCACAACAACUACUCUUCUUCCGGGCACGGAGGUGUUUGGUGCCUUUGAUGAGGAACGCUUUGCUGUCUCGUUGCUCGGUGCUGGACACGGCGUUGCCACGCCGCGUCGCUUCUCCACGGGGUUCUCGUCAAGUGCUCUUCUUGCACGCCACGAUGAUGUGUCCAGCGAGCGCUGCGGCGAACUCUGUAUUGCGUACGGCCGCGAGUGUGUUGCGUACUUCAUCUGGACGCUUUCGUCAUCACCAUUCAACCGCUGCUUCCUCCUCGACAGCAUCGGCUCCCCAGUCGCGACAAACACGGUGUCUGUGUCGUUUGAGAGGAUCUUCCAAACAUCGACGUCCACAUCAACGUCCACAUCCACUUCAACAACAACGUCGACGUCCACCUCCACAUCCACCAGCACGACGACAUCUACCAGCACAUCCACAUCCACAUCCACGUCCACAUCCACCAGCACAUCAACAUCAACGUCAUCCUCCACCUCCACCACGUCAACCACCUCCACCUCCUCGUCCACCUCCACCUCCACCUCCUCGUCAUCCACCACCACCACAGAGUUUGUGCCCGAUGUGCCCGUCGUCUCCAACCCCUCGUUUGAGGAGGAAGACCUUCAAGGCGCCGAGAUUACGUCACUGCUGGUGGACUGGACGGCCACGCGUGGCUUCGUGGGCGUGACAGUUCCCGACAGCGCGGAGUUUGAGGCGAACGCGGCUGUGGAUGGUUCGCAGGUUGCGCUCCUCCUUGCCUCGUCGCGUGUUGAGCAGGUGGUGCAGGACGGCUGGCUGCAAAACGGCGUGGAGUACACGAUGCAUGCAAGCAUCGGGCGCACGUUCUCGUCCAGCACGUUUGUGCCCAUCACCAUCACGGUGGACUCUGAGGACGGUGCAAUGACAUUUGCGCAACUGCGUGUGACUGGCGCAAGCGUCCAGCCGGGCGACUUUAACCAAUUCUCCCUCCAGUUCCUCGUGCAAAACCUCGAAUCCCCCGUGCGCGCGCGCGUGUCAUUUGAGACAGCAGACGAUCUCGAGAUUACGCCCACAUAUGUUGAUGGCGUGUGGAUUGAGGGCCGGGUGUUCACCACCACGACAACGUUCACAUCGACAUCAUCGUCAACAUCCUCGUCCACAUCCACAUCCACCUCCUCCUCGUCCUCCACCACAUCGUCUUCCUCCACCUCCACCUCCACCUCCACCUCCACCUCCACGUUCCCAGAGCCAGUCAUUGAGAAUCCAUCGUUUGAGGUCGAUCUCUCAAACGGACAGAUCAUCCACCCCGUCCCCGGAUGGACCGUUCCCCGCGCCUUCGAAGGCGCCUUCUAUCCCGGCACGGCCGCCUAUGGCUCCAGCACUCUUCCUCCGCCCGGCGAUCAGCGAAAAUUGACUGCGACUCUGCGCACGACGGUGAGCGAAACGGUGCUGGCAACAACGGUCGUGUCUGCAUCGCAACUCACGCGCGGACAGUUCACGGACGUGUCUGUCUCCUUCACUCCGGACCCGGCACCAGCACCAGAGCUCGUCGGUCAAGGCAUCGAAAUCACCCUCGCCGUCUCAGGCCUUGGUCAGAUGCACCUGGACAACUUCCGCGCGGCGUACGAACCACUGGCAUCAUCUGGUGUCGCCGCAACGGUCGACGAUGACGCAUUCUCCUUCGAAGGUUCUGGCGAUGCGCUGUUCUCGUUUGAGAAGGGCCAAACACACAAUUUGAUUUCGCUCUCGUUUGCCGCUGCACUCGGCAAUGGCGUCCUACUCUUCAACGGACCCGAGAUGGCGGAUGGCUCCGACAACUACAUCCUGCUGGCACUGGUGGACGGCCGUAUUGUGCUCUCGUUCAAGACGACAUCCUACCACACCGUCACCGUCACAACCCAGGAGACGUACGACGACGGUGCGUGGCACACCAUCUCGGCCACCCGCACGCCGACAUUCGUCGAGUUGGUGGUUGACGGCCAAGUCGCAGAUGCAUCGCAGCACGCAGAGGCCUACGAUGACGCCAUCCACGUGGACGGCCUCGUGUUUGUUGGCGGCGUUCCGGAUUCCGUUUCCUCUUUUCCGGACGCGUUUUCUUCGGCCAAGCAGUCGCUGUACGGCUGCGUUGCCGCUGUCACCGUUGAUGGCAUGGCUCUGGACCGCAGCCACUCCGCGUUCGUCCGCGCCACAGAUGCCGAUCACAUGUGUCCGGGUCGCCCGUGA